GAUCGAUCUAUGGCGCUUGAGAACUCUGGUUCGACGCUUUCUCUCUCUAGGUAUCGGUUUCUCUCUCAAAAACUCGGAACCCUUCAAUGUUGUUCUUCUUCUCCCUUAAAUCCUCUGCCUGGUCGCGAUACCCGGUCAGAAUACCCGGUCGGGUAUUUUGGGUUCUGACCGGGUAUCUCUGCAACGCACCGUUUCACUAA